ACUCUGCAUGUGUGGGACCCUGCUGGCCUUCUUGAGCCUCUCUUGGACCACAGCUGAUGAAGGGGACCUCUUCUGGGAUCAGGAAUUUGGACCCUGCUCUGCAACUCUGAGACCUGAGGAGCCGUGCAGGCAGGGGCAGGAUGAGAGCAUGUGUCCAUACAGAUUAAGUCUGCCUCCGCUGACACUCCAUUUGCCAAAGGAGCUCAGAGAGCUGGAGAAGAUUGUAAAGGAUUUACAGAAUCUGAAGGACAAUGUGGACGAACUGAGGAAGAUGUGUGCUGAUUGUACAGUAAGCCAAACUGAGAGAGAGUGUGGAAGCCGUAGAGAAAGUGAGCAGGAGAAGCUAAAUGAGGGUAUAAAUAGACAUAUUGAUGAGAAGAACCGGCUGUAUGAGAAAAAUCUUGAGACGCAAAAAGUGGAAAAGACUGUGGAAGGAGAAUUAGGAUAUGGUGACACUGAUUUUGAUAAAAUAACGAGUUUAGAAGAGAAAAGGAGAAAUAAAUGGGAAGCAGAAAGAGAGAGCAAUAAACGGUUCUUAAAAGAAAAUAAGAAAGAAGAACCCCUCAAAGAAGAGGCAGAAAGCAAUGGAAAAACUAAGAAAGAGGGGGCAAAAGAAAAGGAAAAAAUGGACCAGACAAAGUUGACAACUGCUGCCGGAGAGGAGAGAAUAGUGGAUACGGUAAAAAAAAAAAUGGUUGCAAAAAAUAACAGGGAGACAGACAGAGACAGAAAUAAAGACGGUGCAAAAGGGAAUUCAAAGAGAAAUCGAGAGGAUAUGUUGGAGAAUGGAAAAGACAGGAAGGUAACAAGUGAUGUAAAAAAUAUAGAGAAAGCAGAAGAAAGUGACCAUCACGAGUGGGCAAAGGAAAUGAAGGAAGCAGAGAAAAAGAGCCAAACUGAAGUAGACAGGGGAAAUGAUGGAAUAAAGAUGUCUGAGGACCAUGCUGGGCAUACAAAUAGGGAACGAGAACAGCACAGGGAGGAGAGGAAAAAGGAUAUGGAAAAGGGAACCAAAGUUGAGCGAAAUAAUGAGACACCAAAACAGUCUGCAAGCAUCGGGCACGCAGAACAAGAGAAGACUAUAAAAGAGGGGGAGGAUGGGGAGAGGGGGACGGAGAUCAAAAUAGAAGGAGAAAUAACGGUUCAGAGUGUGCAGAGAGACAGUUAUGGAGAAUUAGCAUCCAGCAAGGAAACUGAGAGGGCAGACUUUGUUUCAACUCCUCUGUCUAUCAUUAGUUUUACGUCCAGGCAUGACUAUGUGGAAUCAAACGAAGCGAUAACCUUUACGUCAUCUCCUUCAUCUCCUCCUUCGUCUCGCUCAACUUCACACUUGAUCACCGAUGUCAAUCAAGGGAUUACUAUUGUUGCUGUCAGACGACCAACUCAAAACCCAGGCAUUGUAGCAUCUGGCAUUACGGAGAACAGCCCUGAUGUAGAGGAUGGCUUUAGGACCACAACAAGGCCAAAAACAGUGGCCACAAUAAACUCAUUGGUGGUCCUGGACAACAAAUCGCCAGUGAAACUUUAAUGUUCACCUCUGCAACCAGUGCAAGACCCCGGGCAGGUUUCAAGGGCCCAGAUAGCUCAACUACAACAACUUUACCCACUACAACUCAGAAUGUAUACACAACUACUUUCACAGGAGUUGCAGACCACAGCCGUUGGAAAGCUAAAAGAACAUCAGCUCAAACACUAAGACUGGUGUAAAACCUCUACCAGGCCGAGGACCAAAGCCUGGUGAAAAGCGUAAACCUGCAGUCAGGUCUGAAGGAGAAAAAAAGCUUACAAUUCCUACAAAUGGCCGUAAACAAGACCGAGCUCCUUUGCCAGACAAAAAAACAAACAAUGGCCAAAAGCAGAAGCCUUUUUACCAAAAACCAAUAACCGACCAAAGAUUGAAACCUGGCAAAGACCCUAAACAAGUCCAGAUCCCAAAACCGAAAAAAAAACCUCCACCUGACCUUUUACCAAUUGAUCAAAAUCAGAAAAACAACAAAAUACCUAAACAUGACCAAGAACAUACAACUGAUCAAACCAAGUUCAUUAUUCAAAAGCCAAAAUCUACUCAAAAGCUUCCAGUUCAGAGGCCUACAACUCAUCACACACCUCAAACAGUAAAUGCAACUGGUUCGGAUAAAGACACUCAAACUGACCAACAGCCAGAAUCUGUAGAAAUCCCAGUUAUUACUCAAAAUGUAAAACCUGAGAAAAAAAUGCUUCAUCCUCUCAAAAUAGAAAAGCCUGACCAAAUACAAAAACCACACGCAAAGCCAAAAAGUGAAGAAGAAAAAAGUAAACCUGAUCAAAGUUCUACCACAAACAAAUAUAUUUCACCUGUUCAUGACACUGGAGGAAGUGAAACAACUAGAAUAACAACAAGACCUAUCCAAAAGCCUAUAGCAGUAUUAACAGAAAAUUCCGAUGAAAAUCCUUUGACUGAGCCUUUAUCUGAAAAAGACUCAACACCCGGACAAAAGCUUACUCCUGAUCGGGCCCUGAUCAAACCCCCUGAUCAAGAAAAGAAAUCCAGUGAGAAAAUCCCUAAAAUAAACCAAAAUCCUAAACCCAAUGAAAAACAUACAGAUCUUGUGACAGGACAAAAGACUAAACAAAAGGGGAAGCCUAAACCAGAACAACGCCCACAAACCAAUCAAGGGCUUAGAACCCUUCGACCCGACCAAAUGCCUGAACUUAACCCCAAAUCUUUGCCUAAAGCAGAAUCCAACAAAACAUCUAAAUUGAGGCCUACACCCAAAGGCAGGCAACCAAUCAGACCUACAAUCAGGCCAGGAGCAACACAUGUUAAACGACCAGAACCAGCAGUGCCCCAAAAACCAAGUCUGAAUAUAAAAACAGAUUUAGAUCCUCUACAAAUCAGUGAGACUAGUUUAGGCAACAUCAAAAACUCUGAAACCGACAUGUCACCUUCACCUGCCCCUGUAACACAGACUUCUGAGGCGAGUCAUUCUCAAAGGGGCACAGACUUCAGUCCCAGCACAACGAAAACCAUGACUCUGGGUCCAAAGACUUCCAACAGCCUGGAGACUGGACCCAUCCCACGCCGUGACACUCUCUCUGAAGGCUUCACAAUGAGCCCAAACAGCAGGAUAACGUCUGAUCCGACGCCACUAACAGCCAGUCGACCACCAUUGAUCCCAACGACAACAAGAGCAAAUAAAAUCUCCCGUAGGAUCCUGCCGAGUGUUAUCCCUAGCACAAUUCCAGGAUCCACAAACCCAAAUCAAGCUUCCAAUACUGACUUGCAAGCUGAGAUAAUUCCCAAUAUGGAGGAAAAAGCAGCCAAACAAACUCCAGUUCCAGACACUAUUAUGAUUCCAGUCCCAUCUCCCAGUACUCAAACUACCUCCACAAUCAACCCUAACCUCAGGUCAACCACCUCUAGCCCCAAGCCCCUAGCGGCUGAGUUUUCCACUCCCAGUGCAAGGGAGCUGCGUGUGAAGAUCAAACAGGUGGCUGCCUUCUUCAAUAACAGCCUGAGUCCAAAUGGAAGGCCACUGGAUAGCCAUCCAAAAGAUCACGCAGAGGACAACCAGGGCGGCAGCAGGCCUGACAGCAAACUACCAUUUAAAGUUACGAGAGAUUGCUCCGACUACUUGGCAAAAGGAGCAACAAAAAGCGGGAUGUACCUGGUGACCCCUGACCUCCGCAGCAGAAGCUUCCCGGUCUUCUGUGACAUGCAGCUGGAUGGAGGAGGGUGGACGGUCCUGCAGCGCCGACAGGACGGCAGCGUGAGCUUCAACCGCACCUGGGCAGAGUACAGAUUGGGCUUUGGGGAGCUGGACAAUGGGGAGUUUUGGCUGGGGAACAAUAUGAUCCACAUGCUGACCCGGGCCAGGAAUAUGGUGCUGAGGGUGGAGCUGGAGGACUUUGGCGGUAUGAGGGAGUAUGCACAGUACGAGUCCUUCAGUGUGGCAAGUGAACGGGGGCGCUACAGACUGACGGUCGGCGAUUACUCGGGUACUGCAGGUGAUGCUCUGCGCUUCAGCAAAAGUUAUGAUCACCACAACAGGGCGUUCACCACGCCGGACAGGGACCACGACCGCUAUCCAUCCGGGAACUGCGGGGCCUACUACAGCUCUGGCUGGUGGUUUGAUGCCUGCAUGGCUGCAAACCUCAACGGGAAGUACUAUGUUGGGAAGUACAAGGGAGUCCGGGAUGGUAUUUUCUGGGGCACUUGGCAGAACAUAUCUUCAGAGUAUUACCCCACUAAUGACAGACAGUCAUUUAAAACUGUCAGGAUGAUGAUCAGGCCAAGAGGCCUUGCGCCAUUAGCUGGGACUCUCUAUCAGGGCAUGUUUUAAAAAUAAAAUGAAGGGUCCAACUAACAAUACUCCUUACAAUUUAAUAAACCUAGUACAGCCUCCACACUGAUUAUUAACACAAUGCUGCCGCUGUGUGGUCUUUUAAUCUGCAAAACAAAUUUGUUUACAGGAAAGUAUGACAAUAAGUGAGGAUGUACAUAGUUGUGGUUAUAGUCAUGAUUGCAUAUUAGCCUACAUUUUUUGCGCGGCCGCGGUUACACUUAUAAAUUAUAAUAAUAAUAUUUUUGUAUAUCGCUGAAUUUGUUCAAUGACGAUCAGAGAGAACAUUCUCUUUUAAACAGAGAACGAUAUUUUGUAUUAUUGUAGUACUGGAAAGCCAGUUGAUGGUUAAUAAAAGCUGUAUGGAUUGUUUUUUUUAAUAGAGAUUGUUCUUCUUUGAUAAAUAAAUUGUUGAAUAAA